AUGGGGAAUUCCGAUUUCCAAUUUCCUCCUGGAUUCAGGUUCCGUAUGUCGGACAAGGAGCUCAUCGUUCAUUACUUGGAAAACGAAGUGAAUUCACGUCCACUUCCGGCGUCGGUGAUUGCUGAAAUCGAUCUCUAUAAGUAUAAUCCAUGGGAGCUACCAAACAAGGCUUUGUUUGGAGAAGAUGAGUGGUACUUCUUCACUCCGAGAGAGAGGAAGUACCAGAAAGGAGCGAGGCCGACCGGAACGGACAAGCCGAUCGUAAACUCUUGUGGGUCGAGGCAGAUAGGAGUCAAGAAAGCUCUGGUCUUUUAUACCGGUCCACCUCCGAAAAGAGUUAAGACGGAGUGGAUCAUGAAUGAAUAUAGACUCCUCCACCCGAGCACAUCUUCAAGGUUUAAAGGGUAG